AAAAUAGCCCAAGGGUGCAUGUCAUCUGAGCUCUGAGCUGGAGCAAUGGCCGUGCAGUGCCAGCCAUUUACAUGUUUCCACACAAUCCAUGGUACCAACGUUCGCAUCGACCCUUCAGGUACACAAGCUACCCGAGUAGAAAGCUUUGCUAAUGGCAUCUGCUUCAGUCGAGAGCCACUGGAACCUGGACAGCUGUUUUUGGUGGAAAUUGAGGAGAAAGAAUUUGGCUGGUGUGGUCACCUAAGAAUUGGCCUUAUAGCCCGAGAUCCUCGCAGCUUGGACAUAGUACCAGAAUAUUCACUACCAGACCUGGUAAAUCAGGGGGAAAGCUGGAUAUUUGCUAUAACGCGGAACCAUAACAGAGUAUUGCCAGAUGAUGAAGAGAACCGCUCUAGAUCAGGAAAGGGGUUUCUGUCAGACCCAUACCUAAAAGUGGGCAAGUUUCAAAUUCCCCGUGAUAAACUAUUUGCACGAAGUAGGCCGGGACGUUUCAGUCACAUUCUGGAUGAUUUAUAUAAAACCAAUGUGUUGCCACCUACAGCCCGCAGAAGCAGGAUUGGGGUGUUGUAUGAACCCCAGGCAGAUGGCACCUGCAAUAUGCACAUCAUUAUUAAUGGAGAAGACAUGGGUGCCAGCGCCCGUGGGAUACCAGGCACGCAACCAUUAUAUGCUGUUAUUGAUGUCUUUGCCUCCACCAAAAGUGUUCGAGUGAUCCAGUUACAAUAUGGAUUUCCAUCCCUACAGACAUUGUGUCGCCUAGUUAUACAGAAACAUAUGAUUCACAGACUGGCCAUUGAUUGGCUAGACCUGCCACAGUUAUUAAAGAAUUUCUGUAAAUAUGAGUGAUAGAACCAAGAGCUUGGGCAUUGGACAGAGCAGCAGACACAACUAGAAAUACAGGUGAUGCAAACAGGAAAGCUGGGGUGCAAGCAACUGUAAUGGUACUGCAGUACAUGUGCAGGAGGACUGUCCUAUUACAACUAGACGUGUGUGGUGGACUUCACUUUUAGAAGAGCUACCUACUGCAGCCAGAACCAUGCAUUCUGCAAUUCACCUACUUGACGACUACCUACUGCAACCAGAACUAUGCAAAUGGAAAUCCAGCUGCCCAGGGUCUCCUUACUACCACCAGAACCAUGCAUACUACAAUCCACUUGCCCGAGGGUUCCUACAACAAUGCAUACUACAAUCAACUCACCUGAUGACCACCUACUGCAGCCACAAUAAUACAUAAUACAAACAAUACACUGACUUGAGGAACACCUACUACAACUAGAUCAAUACAUACUGCAGUCAAGUCAUCUGAGGACUCCUUAAUGCAACAAGAAACAUGCAUAUUGCAAUUAAGUAAGUUGAGGGUUCCUUACUAUAACCAUAACAAGGCAUAAGCCAGUCCACUCAUAUGAAGACAACUUACUGCAAUAAUGAUAUAAAUGCUGCAAACCACUCA